GUUGACUUGAGGUACCCCGAACUCUCUCCUUCCUUCGCCACCUCUUUUCCUCCCUCCUCACCUCUCUUCGUUCGCCAACCCAAGCGUGGGAACGAUAGAAGCGGAAGCAAAUGAGGGUGAGGAGCGGCAACGGCAGCAGCGGCGGCGAGCGGAGGUCGUCCGCGAGAUGGACGGCGAUCCUUUGCGCCUGCAGCUUCGCCCUCGGGAUUCUCUUCACCAACAGGUCCUGGGAGGGCCCGGAUGCCACCGGCCAGAUCGUCUCCACCGGCCGGCAGGAGCAGGAGCUCCAGAUCGUCGCGGAAGAUUGCGCAACCAAAAGGAGAGCGGAGCAGGAUGAGGACGUAAUGGGGGAGGUGACAAGGACGCAUGAGGUCAUACAAUCUCUGGAUAAGACGAUAUCGACGCUGCAGAUGGAGCUGGCGUCGCAGCGGAGCGCGCUGGAGCUGAACGGCGCCAAUGGCUCGCCGACGAUUGCUGUGUCAAGUCAGCAGAGAAAGAAGGCAUUUGUUGUGAUAGGGAUCAACACCGCUUUCAGCAGCAGGAAGAGGAGGGAUUCCGUCAGAGAGACUUGGAUGCCCCAAGGUGACAAGCUCCGACAGCUAGAACAUGAUAAGGGAAUUGUCAUCCGGUUCAUGAUUGGGCAUAGUGCUACAUCUAAAAGUAUACUUGAUAAGGCUAUUGAUUCCGAGGAAUCUCUGCAUAAUGACUUUCUCAGGCUGGAUCAUGUGGAAGGUUACCAUGAACUUUCUGCAAAAACAAAGAUGUUCUUUUCCACUGCUGUUGCCAUAUGGGAUGCUGAUUUUUAUGUCAAGGUGGAUGAUGAUGUUCAUGUGAAUCUAGGAAUGCUAGCCACAACUCUUGCUCGACACAGAUCAAAGCCACGGACCUAUAUAGGAUGUAUGAAGUCCGGGCCAGUGCUUUCAAGCAAGAAUGUCAAGUACCAUGAACCUGAAUACUGGAAGUUUGGAGAAGAUGGGAACAAGUAUUUCCGUCAUGCUACUGGACAGAUUUAUGCUAUUUCAAAAGACCUGGCUAUGUACAUCUCAAUAAACCAGGCAAUACUGCACAAAUAUGCUAAUGAAGAUGUAUCACUAGGUUCAUGGUUUAUUGGGCUGGAAGUAGAACACAUUGACGAGAGGAACAUGUGUUGUGGGACACCUCCAGACUGCGAGUGGAAGGCCCAGGCAGGAAAUGUAUGCAUUGCAUCAUUUGACUGGAGCUGCAGCGGGAUCUGCAAAUCUGUGGAGAAGAUCAAGGAUGUCCAUGAAAGGUGUGGUGAAGGAGAUGGUACUGUGUGGAGUACCUUAUUUUAACUGGGAAGGUUUUACAUGCAAUCUUUGUGCCCAAGGACAAAAACGAUCGAACGAACAGUACUAAUUUUGAAGUUAAAGAUUAUAGACCGAAAACAAAGAAGAAGCAUAUGAUGAAGGCGAUCCCUUUUUCUAGCACGGGAACCUCGUCGCCUGGUCAAAUUAGAUGUUCAUAUAUCCUCUUCCUGUUGAUGAUUCCAGGUACACAUUGUUGAUUAACAUCUAGUUAAGAGAGGAAAGCAAUUGUUGUUUGUAGGCUGCCUAUGUGUAUAAGCUGUGAGAUGUGUAGUUACUAUCAAUACCCCUUUUUCUAUACUGAAAAAGAUUUUGUAAUUUGAUUAACAUGCCUGUGAUGUUACUCAGCAUUACUUUCCAGCUGCA